CAUAGACGCAGUGCGAUGACGUACAGCCCCGACAUUCCACGUCCAAGAUGGCUGCAGUCGGCAAGGAGAGACGUCGCUAAGGGGCUUACCUCAGGCGAGGGCUUAGAGGUUUUAGAGAAUUUCUUCAUUCUGAAUGAAAGAGAAGACGAUGAGAAAGCAAGAAAAAUUUAAAGGAUUCUAACAUUUUUCCGAAAGUGUUUUGGAAAGACCAAGUCUACUUCAAUAAAUGAAGGAGAAUAAAGAAAAUUCAAGCCCUUCAGUAACCUCAGCAAACCUGGACCACACAAAACCAUGUUGGUACUGGGAUAAAAAAGACUUGGCUCAUACACCCUCACAGCUAGAAGGACUUGAUCCGGCCACUGAGGCCCGGUACCGCCGAGAAGGGGCACGGUUCAUCUUUGAUGUGGGCACACGUUUGGGACUACACUAUGACACCCUGGCAACUGGAAUAAUUUAUUUUCAUCGCUUCUAUAUGUUCCAUUCCUUCAAGCAAUUUCCAAGAUAUGUAACAGGAGCUUGUUGUCUCUUUCUGGCUGGGAAAGUAGAAGAAACACCAAAAAAAUGUAAAGAUAUCAUCAAAACAGCACGGAGUUUAUUAAAUGAUGUACAGUUUGGCCAGUUUGGAGAUGACCCAAAGGAAGAAGUAAUGGUUUUGGAGAGAAUCUUACUGCAGACCAUAAAGUUCGAUUUACAGGUAGAACACCCGUACCAGUUCCUGCUCAAGUAUGCGAAACAGCUCAAAGGUGACAAAAACAAAAUUCAAAAAUUGGUUCAAAUGGCAUGGACAUUCGUCAAUGACAGUCUCUGCACGACCUUGUCACUACAGUGGGAGCCAGAGAUCAUAGCAGUGGCGGUGAUGUAUCUUGCGGGGCGUUUGUGCAAGUUUGAAAUACAGGAAUGGACCUCCAAACCCAUGUACAGGAGAUGGUGGGAGCAGUUCGUGCAAGACGUCCCUGUGGAUGUUUUGGAAGACAUCUGCCACCAAAUCCUGGAUCUGUACUCCCAAGGGAAACAACAGAUGCCUCAUCACACCCCCCACCAGCUGCAGCAGCCCCCGUCUCUCCAGCCCACACCGCAAGCGCCACCCGUGCCACCGUCACAGCCGCCUGCAGGCCCCGAGCCGCCCCAGCCCCCGCAGAAGGACUCGCAGCAGCCGGCCCAGCAGCCGCCGCCGCCGCCGGCCCAGCCACCCAAGAAAGCAUCCCCGCAGCCUAGUCCCCCCCGCCAGGCGAAGCGAGCCGUGGUUGUUUCUCCCAAAGAAGAGAACAAAGCAGCAGGGUGGACCCCGAUGGAUACCACUUGGCACCUGAGAUUCACUCCACUUCUCUCAGAACCACCACCACCUAAAAUCCCCAAAAUCGAGCCCACUCACCCUCCGUUGCCUCCAGCCCAUCCACCUCCAGACCGGAAGCCACCCCUCGCAGCCGCUUUGGGUGAGGCCGAGCCUCCAGGCCCCGUGGAAGCCAGCGACCUCCCGAAGGUCCAGAUCCCUCCUCCGGCCCACCCGGCGCCCGUGCACCAGCCGCCGCCGCUGCCACACCGGCCGCCACCGCCGCCGCCCUCCAGCUACAUAACGGGGAUGUCCACCAGCAGCUCCUACAUGUCCGGGGAGGGCUACCAGAGCCUGCAGUCCAUGAUGAAGACCGAGGGCCCCUCCUACGGGGCACUGCCCCCCGCCUACGGCCCGCCGGCCCACCUGCCCUACCACCCCCACGUCUACCCACCCAACCCGCCCCCGCCGCCCGUGCCCCCACCCCCCGCCUCCUUCCCGCCACCUGCCAUCCCUCCCCCAACUCCUGGCUACCCUCCGCCCCCGCCCACCUACAACCCCAACUUCCCGCCCCCACCCCCUCGCCUGCCCCCCACCCACGCGGUCCCGCCACACCCGCCCCCGGGCCUGGGCCUGCCACCAGCCAGCUACCCGCCCCCCGCGGUGCCCCCGGGGGGACAGCCCCCGGUGCCCCCGCCCAUCCCCCCACCUGGCAUGCCUCCUGUCGGGGGACUGGGGCGGGCAGCCUGGAUGAGAUAACCUUUGACGCCUCUCUUUUCCUUUGUUGUUUUUUUAAAAGUUUUUCUAAUCGACUUGAAAAGUAGUUUAAGUGGGUAAGCAGCAGGGUACCUUGAAUAAUCUCAACAGUUGCAGUAUGGGAAGAAGUGGACGGGACCCUGGAGAUGAAAUCAGGGUGCUCCUGUGCACCUGGAGAGUGGGCAUAGCAGCCCGCGGGGGGGCCCAGGCCGCCGGCUGUGACCCCACCGCCUCUCUGGUCUCAGUGCGUCCUCGGGCCCUGCAACAGGUUACUUAACACUGGUGAGACCAUUCACCAGCCAUGUUGGUCCAACACGCAGCUUCAGCGAGGAGUGCGUUUCCUUCUAGAAACCAGUGCCUAUUUUCCCUGGAAACGCAGUUUUCCGUAGUCCAGCUCCCUCUGAAGUCAAGCUCCCAUCAUUGCUGUCACUCACGGUGUUCUCGCCCGUGGCUCCCAGGCCAGGUGAACGGCUGUUUGAUUUAGAGAAACCCACACCCUUUGUGUUCAAGUUACUCUGAAGGGGUUGCCUUGAUUGGAUGGCUCUAUUCUUUUUCCUCCAGGGAGAAAGGGAGAGAUGUUCUUGGAAGUAAUGUAUGUUUACAUCAAUUUGCAAAUUCCUAUACAUAGAGAUAUAUUUUUUAAGUGUGAAUGUAACAACAUACUGUGAAUUCCAUCUUGGUUACAAAUGAGACUCCUUCAUGAGACUCCUUCAGUCAGUUACCCAAUAAAAUCAGUUCUGAAA